GAAGCAGGGACAGAGGCAGAGCGAGAUCCUUCAGGCAGGGCUGGGAGCUGAGCUCGCACAAACAGCUCCCCGGUGGACUGCGCUCUGCUCCGAGGGGCAAAACGCGGAGCAGCGAGCCCGCCGGCGAUGAGCCACAUCUACGGUAGCCACCUCUCCCCCCUGGCUAGCCCAUCCAUGGUUUACCUGCCGGCCGCGCUCGGCUUCGCCCCAGGGGGGGCGAUAUCGCGACAGGACCCCCCUCAGAAACCCCCGUACAGCUACAUCGCCCUCAUCGCCAUGGCCAUCAAGGAAGCUCCGGAGCAGAAGGUGACCCUGAGCGGCAUCUACCAGUUCAUCAUGGACCGCUUCCCCUUCUACCACGACAACAAGCAGGGCUGGCAGAACAGCAUCCGCCACAACCUCUCGCUCAACGAUUGCUUCGUCAAGGUGCCCCGCGAGAAGGGGCGGCCCGGCAAGGGCAGCUACUGGACCCUGGACCCGCGCUGCCUGGACAUGUUCGAGAACGGCAACUACCGCCGCAGGAAGAGGAAGCCCAAAGCCGCUGCUGGCCCGGACAAGGGUGGCGAGCAGCCCGCGGAGCCCAAACGGGCCAAGGGCAGCGCGGUGGCGGCGCCGGGGGACGCGGGGGUGGCGCGGCCGGCAGCGGGGACAGCGCCUUGUCCCCGAGAGCCACCCCCUGCUGCCGGCCAGCAGCACAAGAGCGGCUCCCGGGGCCGCAGCUUCAGCAUCGAGAGCAUCCUGGCGCAGGGGUUGCCCCCCGGGACAGCCCCCAAGGUGGCCCGGGACAGCCCCGCCGGUUGUUUCGGUGGCUCCUUGGUGGCCAGCGGUGGCUUCGGGCCGGCUCUCAACGCGUCGCUGAUGCUCGACUCCCAGGUGCACGGGAGGCUUUACCACAUCGGCAUCCCCUUCCUCUCCUGCCUCCCUCUGCACUUCUCCGAGGCCGUGUUUAAUUUGCAGUAGUUGGCCCCAGAAUUAGCGCUGCUCCGGGGGGCGCGAUGGGGAGGGGAGAGAUCGGACUCAGACCUCACC